GCCGCGCAGAGGCGCAGGCAGAGGGCGCUUUCGCCAUGCGCGGCCCCCGCCGCCGCGCACCCCCCGGCCGCGCUGCCGCUGACAGGCGUCCGGAGCCACCUCCGCGGCGGGCGGAGCGGCGCGGAGCGGAGCCCCCCGGCCCGGCCCCCGCGGGAGGGCGAAGGGAGCUCCCCGGCUGCGACCGGCCGCUCGGUCCUGCUCUGCCGCUCGCUCUCCCCCCGUCCCGUCCCUUCCCUUCCCUUCCCUCCUCCUCCUCGCUGCGCUUUCCACCUCCCCUGCUCCUGAGUGAGCGCAGCCUCGGAUGUCCGGUUUCCUGGUGGGUUUUUUACCUGGCAAACUCCGGAUAACUUUGGUGAGAAUUUGCCGAGCGGCUGGGAAAGUUGGGAACUCCCCUGCAGGCGUCUAGGAGCUGCUGCUACCGCUACCGCAUCUUCUGCAUCCCACGGAUUUUACCGCCUUGGAUAUUGCGAGGGGAGGGAGGGGGGAGAGGACGGCGAAAGAAGGGGGAGAGAGGAAGAGAAGGAGCCUCGCAACUUCGCCUGCGUUCCUCCAGCUGCCCCGCGGCCCCGCUCCGCGCCCGCCCUGCCAUCUUUGCACGAUGCACUUGCUGGGGGUGCUCUCCCUGGGCUGCUGCCUGGCUGCCGGCGCCGUGCUCCUCGGGCCCCGGCAGCCGCCCGCCGCCGCCGCCUACGAGUCCGGCCAGGGGUACUACGAGGAGGAGCCCGACGCGGGGGAGGCGAAGGCUCAUGCAAGCAAAGACCUGGAAGAGCAGUUGCGGUCUGUGUCCAGUGUGGAUGAACUCAUGACAGUACUUUACCCAGAAUACUGGAAAAUGUUCAAAUGUCAGUUGAGGAAAGGAAGUUGGCAACACAACAGGGAACACUCCAGCUUUGACACAAGAUCAGAUGAUUCCCUGAAAUUUGCCGCAGCACACUAUAAUGCAGAGAUCCUGAAAAGUAUUGAUACUGAAUGGAGAAAAACUCAGUGCAUGCCACGUGAAGUGUGUGUGGAUGUGGGAAAAGAGUUUGGAGCAACUACAAACACCUUCUUUAAACCCCCAUGUGUAUCCAUCUACAGAUGUGGAGGUUGCUGCAAUAGUGAAGGACUCCAGUGCAUGAAUAUCAGCACAAAUUACAUCAGCAAGACAUUGUUUGAGAUCACAGUGCCUCUUUCUCACGGCCCCAAACCCGUAACCGUCAGUUUUGCCAAUCACACGUCCUGCCGAUGCAUGUCGAAGUUGGAUGUUUACAGACAAGUUCAUUCUAUCAUAAGACGUUCCUUGCCAGCAACACAAACUCAGUGUCAUGUGGCAAACAAGACCUGCCCUAAAAAUCAUAUUUGGAAUAAUCAAAUUUGCAGAUGUUUGGCACAGCAUGAUUUUGGUUUCUCUUCUCACCUUGAAGAUUCUGACACAUCUGAAGGAUUCCAUAUUUGUGGACCAAACAAAGAGCUAGAUGAAGAAACCUGUCAAUGUGUCUGCAAAGGAGGCAUGCGGCCCUCAAGCUGUGGACCUCACAAAGAAUUAGACAGAUCAUCAUGUCAGUGCAUGUGCAAAAACAAACUUCUCCCCACCUCCUGCGGGCCCAACAAAGAGUUUGAUGAAGAUAAGUGCCAGUGUGUAUGUAAAAAGACCUGUCCUAAACAUCAGCCACUAAAUCCUGCAAAAUGCAUCUGUGAAUGUACAGAAUCUCCCAAUAAAUGCUUCCUAAAAGGAAAAAGGUUCCAUCACCAGACAUGCAGUUGUUACAGACCGCCCUGUACAGUCCGAACGAAACGCUGUGAUGCUGGAUUUUAUUUUAGUGAAGAAGUGUGCCGCUGUGUACCCACAUAUUGGAAAAGACCACUUAUGAAUUAGUGAAGAGAGCACUACUUGCUAUUUUGGUGUACAUUUUUUCCAUUAGAACAAAAGAGCAACAGAAACUUUGCUAAUAUUUUGGAAUUAAAUGUUCACCAGAGACCCUGUGGGGCUUUCAGAGACAGACUCAUUGUGCUUUUCUCAAGAUGUGGAAAGCAAACGUAGAAAAUAACUGGGGUUCAUGUUUUGUAAAGAACUCAAUAAGGACUUAUUUUCCACCAAUGACCAAACAGCCUAGGUUUUCCUUCUUGUGAUUUUUUUUUUUUUAAAAAGAGAUAAUGACUAUAUAAUUUAUUUCCACUAAAACCAUUGUGCAGCAUUUCUGUUUAUAGCAGUAACAAUUGUUAAAGCUCACUGUGAUCAAUAUUUUUAUAUCAUGCAAAGUAUGUUUAAAAUAAAAUGGAAAUUGUAUUAUAUGAUGGUGAGAA